GUGGCACCUGGUGUCGAGAGUAUAGGAGCGCGCCCGCAGCCUGCGCACGAGGGUAAAAUAAGUGCUGCUACGGUAUGCUGCUACGGUAGUCCUUCUGUGAGCUUUCUCUAGGCGACAGUCGCAGCACAUUCGCGGCUAGUUGGCAACGAGGAAGCUACUUGAGAGGAUUGACUUCAGGAAGGGCAAUGAUCCCGGGAUGCUUCAUCGACAUGGCGCCGGUGCCCAUGCCGGGCUUGGCGGUGCUGUACGCGAUGCCCAAGGCGCUGAACGUGAUCGCGGCCACGACACCCAUGAUGCCGAAGAAGGUCGCGUUCGGCGGGCGCGUUCGGCAGCGCCAUGUUCGCCAUGUCCAGGCCGGCGCUGGCUCUCCCCGCUGCUGCUGCUGCUGCUCGUCUCGCAUCAAGAUGCGUAGCUACAAUUCCUGGACCUCGCAGCAGCAGGCGUCUUCUAAGCUUCAAAAUGGGCUCCCAGCCCAUAGCGCGCAGUUAUACCACCUCGAGGAUUGCCGAGCGGCCCACAGCGAGGAGUACGUCGGCACGGGAGGCGUUGCGCCAAGGUCUGUCGAACUGGCAUUUGAAUUUUGGUUCCAUGGCGGCGCCUUUGACUUUGAAGAGGACACAGACAGCUGAGGCGCAUGUGGCGCUGUUUGUCGAGAGGCCACGUACCAGGCAGAGCUGAACAACGGCGUCAAAGACCUGUCAGGGUCGAACUUUGGAGACGCCGACCAAAGGACGCAGAGGGC